AUGCAACAAAUUCAAUCCCAGUAUGUUCAUAGUACUCCAUUGAGUACAAAUUCUCCUUCAUCAAGAUCAGUAGCUACAAAUACAUUGAAUGGAUUACUUCCAUUACAUCGUUUAUCUCAAACAUCAGCUAAUGCAUUAUCUUUACCACCAAAUCAGAGUCAAAAUCAAUCACGUCUUUUACUAAAUUUUAAUAAUCAAUUAAAACGAUCUAAAAAAAUAAAAUAUAUGUUAUUAAUUAUAAUUUUAACUGUGACUUUUGCUUUUCUUCUUAUAACAACAAUUGAAUUGUCAACAACACUUGUUAAAGAUAGAAGAGAAAAAGAUUUAUCAUUAUCUGUGGAUAAAAUAUCAAAUUUAACUCGAAUUACUAAUGAAACAAAAUCAGAAGAAGAAAAAACUUCUCCUAUUCGUUCAUUCUUCGCAUUUAUAUGGCUUUUUAAUGUUUUUCUAUUUUUAAUUUGUUUAUUUACACAUUUAUUUCUAUAUCGAAAACAUUCACAACGUGGUCGAGCAAAAGCAGCUUUUCUUAGAGAAUGUGUUCAAAUAUUUGACAAUGAAAAAUGUUCAGCAAAUAAUAAAUUCGUUGAUUAUUUAAUAAAAACAUGUUUAUUAUGUAUCCUAUGGUAUUUAUCUUGUUAUUUAAUAUUUCGUUCAAUGGCUAUACUUAUAUCUUCUCAGAUAAUAAUAUUAAUUUCAAUUAAAAUAACAUUACGACAAAUUCUUGGAUGGAUUUUUUUACAUGAACAAUUUAUUGGACAUAAAAUAAUAGCUCAUAUACUUGCUUUAUCAGCUUUACUUUUUCUUAGUCAUGAUAAUGGAUUUCGUUUUAAUAAAUCUCUGUUUGCUUUAUCAAUGGUUACUUGUGCUGUUGCAAUGAAAACUAUUUUUGAUAUUCUUAUGACUGGUUUUAUUAAAAGUUUAACAAAUUCAAAAUAUCGAACAGUAAUGAUUAAUGUAUGUUUAUGUGGAACAUGUUUUCUUUGGCCAUUGGUUUUCAUUUUUCAUGUAACUCGAAUUGAACCAAUUUAUAGUCAUCAUUUUUAUUCAUUUCUUACCAUAAUUGCAUUUAUUAGUGCACUUCUAUUUAAUGUAUUGACAAUAACAAUUUCGCUUAAAUCUACAUCAUUGGCUAAUGUGGCUGCUUUUAUUCUUGUUAUUCCUUCGAUAUCACUAAUUGAUCGUUAUUUGUUAAAUAUAAAAUAUUCUCCAUUAUUUAUAUUGUCUAUAGUAUGUUCAUUAUCGAGUGUUCUUCUUUCAAUGAUACCAAAAGAAGGGUUUCAAUCAAGUGAAAGAAUUAAAAUGAAACAAGCAUUAGGUUUAAUUAAUAAAGAAUCGAAUACAAAUGUUGCUGCUGGUUUAUUACCUAGUGGUGGAACAACGACAAGGACAUCUUCAGCAUUUCAAGAAAUAAAAGCACAACGACUAAUACGAAAUGCUUUUUUAUUCAACGAGAGUAAAACUUGA